GGAACGAUGGGAAUGUAAUCAGUAAACGAAAAAUAAAUUAGCGAAGUAAAUAUUCAUAUGAAGAGAAAUGUUUCCCUCUAACAAAUCUGUGUUUAUUUCCUAUAGUGUUUUAAAAUGAAAACAAAUUAGUGAAGCAACGCUAUCAACAUGGAGAACUUUACCGGGUCAUUCGAUCCGGUAGCAGAAAGAUGGAAUGCUACGAUAGAUUUCGGCAAGAUUACCAUGGACAGGAACUUUGCCCUUUUGAUCGUAUCCCUAAUAUCGAGUAUACUAUGGGUAGUUUAUAUAACUUACUACAAUAGCCGAGUUCUGGGAUUCAUACUAACGAGGUUGAUCAAUAGAUUUUACUUUCAAGACGAAAAUUUCAAGAUUGGUUCCUUUACUCUUAAUGCUCUCUCUGGAAAAAUAAUGUUCCGUGAUAUUGUGUAUAUUAAUUACGACUACACACUGAGAAUUCAAGACGGUUACCUAAUAUUUAGGUGGUGGCGAUCAUAUGUACCUAAAGAUGUUUCUGAAGAUUUGUCACAUUCUGAUACUCGCCUAUCCAUAAUGUUAAAUGGUUUUGAAUUACACUUCUACAAUCGGUGCGAACUUUAUCACGAACUUGAAAAAAUUUUCGGCUUAGAUCCCGUUAUAAAACAGCCACAUGACGAUGACUCGACUGACCAAGACAAAGCUAUGAAUGAUGCUAAUGAAAAGAGAAGACGCGCUCAGGAUACCGUCAGAUCGGAGGCUGCAAUGGCUAGAACUUGGCGAGAUCUCAUCCCAGUCAUUAAAAUCGAUGUUUGCGCAGGUCGAGUGGUUUUCGGCAAUCGCUUAGUUCCCACAACAUUAUCUAUCAGUGUGGAAGAAGCUCAUCUAAUGUACAGUACCAAACCACCUGCAUCCAGCUUGGAUCAUCUCAUGCAUUUCGUAAAAGUUAAAGCUGAAAAUUGUAAAGUUAUUUUAGCUCCUAGUCCAAAUUACACAGCAAUGGUUGAUGAACCCCCACGUUACAUGGGAGAAGGUUUUGUUGUGAUGAGCUCAAACUACAUCGAAGUCUAUUUCUAUAUGGACGAACCAGGUCUAGUUCCUGAAGAACCAGUUUUGCUCCAAUUAGCUAAUGGUGAUAUUGUAGAGUCUGCUCCGCCUAUAUGGGGCGUCGACAUCAAAUGCGGUAAAGGAACCGACUUUAGCUACGGCCCAUGGGCUGAUCGGCAGAGAGACCAUCUAUUCAAAUUCUUUUUCCCACCAAAUUAUAAAAGCUUAGAAGUCACUCCACAGCCAAAACCCGGCGAUAGAAGACAAAUGCAGUCUUUCGACAUUCGCCUAUCAACACUCAACGAAGCCACAAUCGAUAUUUUGUUUACUAAAAACAAAGAGACAAAUGCAGUUCAUAUCAAUGUUGGUGCUGGGUCAUACUUAGAGGUGACAUUGCCGUGGAUUGUUCUUCAAGAUGGCUAUACAACGAAAAUUACGGGUCAAUUGCUACACUUGGAAGCAACAACGAGUCUUCAAUAUAGAAGCUUAGCUGAGAGCGAAACUCUUGAAUAUACUGUAAAAUGUCACUAUCCACUUGUUUGGAACCACCACCAGUGUUGGCAACUUUCCCUUACUGGAUGUAAAGCAACUGCCCAUUUUGUGUACACACAUAUAGAUUUUUUCCAAGAUCUCACCAAUGACUGGGCCAGUAAAGCGCGCCCAGAUAUUCUGCACUUUGUGCCAUACACAUGGAAGAUAUCAUUACUGCUUAAAGAAUGUGAAGUUGUCACAGUUAGUAAUCAAUACAACUGGAUUGACUGCAGCUCGACGAAUCAAGAAAAUAAUCACGUCGCUUUUUGUGGCGAUCUCUUAGAUGUCUCUUUCGAUUUACCAUUCGUUGAUUUCCUACCUGAUGUAAUUCCACUUAAGAUCUGGGUACAAGGAGAAGCAGUGGAUAUGAGUUUAUACUUGCCCGAAGUCAAUACUUCAAGAUUACUGCUUUUAUCAAUUGACAAGAACAUGAAAUUAGUGCCGAGCAGAUUAAGGGCAUCAAAAUGGCGAAGAAAAUGUGUAAAAUCACAAGGAUGGGUUGACUGUUGGUCUGUUCCGAUAGUCGCUUUGAGUGUUCGGUACAAUUACCACCCUAUCCCACCACUUGGACCAGAACCUCAAGCAGACAUAACAACGCCUGAGAAGGAAGAAAUUUUACUAUCUCCCAUGAGGAUACCUAGAAUGCGAAAACAACCGCAAAUGAAUUGGGGCAUAGAUGGCAAUAACUUUGACAGAACAACACUUCCACCCGACAAAGUAAGCGUAGAGCUUGAAGUGGGUCCAUCAGUUCUUCUUGCAUAUGGAACCAUCAUAACAAGUUUCAUGAACUUGUUGGAAAAUAUUUUUGGUGAAGAUCAAACAUUUACAGAUAUGCAAAAAGCGCCCACAACAGGAACAUAUUAUUGGGCCAGUGAAAACACCACAAAACUAAAUGACAGAAGCAGUAUUAAUCAACAUUCUGAAAUUUCAAUGGAUGAUUCGACAGAUUCAAGUAAAGGUCCAUUCGAUCCGCGUAAAUGUAGACCGCUCGAUGUAAGCGUUUCUAUCAUAAUCCAUGACAUUCAAGCUCAUAUGGUAAAAAAUUGUAGUGAAAACGAACCUACCUGUCCAGUUAUUUUAAUUGAAAGAUUUGGGUUUGAAAUGGAUAAAAGAUUUAGAGAAACAAAACUUCAACUUCUUUUGAGCCCUUCGAUACUCAUUUCGGCAAAUAAUAUGUCACGACCCGUCGUCAACGGAAGCACUAAUUCGAGUGUGCUUCAACAAGGACAUUUAAUGCUUUCAUCGUUUCAAUUAAGAGGCAAUGGAUUUUUCAGUGACACUAACCGCUCCGUUGAAGAGGAAACUGUCGAAUAUGCCUGGAUGAUGGAGUUGCAAUUAGGUCAGUUGACUGGACGAAUGACACUACCUCAGCUAUACCAAGUCGUUUCGUCGCUAGAAACAUUCCUGUUACUAAUUUGUGACAACGAGAAUGAAUUGAUUCCACCAAAUUCCGUUAAACAAUGUCACCACGGUUUAAAUAAGGCUUUAUGUCCCGAAACAGACAUUGCAUUGAAAUACAGGUGUCCCACAGCAAACGAGAUAAAAUACCGAAUGAUACGAGUAGCUAUCGACCUCGUUGAUUUGUACAUCGCAGAUUCCAAUACUACACUCCAGUCUUGGAUAUCUCCCAUACGACUCUCAUUUUGCAAUCUACACGGAUCUGGCUGCGGUACUGGUAUUACCGCUCUAUUGCCUAACAUUAAACUUGCUCUUUUCACACAAACAAAUAUGCAAACAAACAGCUACCACAAUUCGAAUGGUAGUGGAACAAGUAACAAUGUGCCACCACAGACUAAACUGCCAGAGAGUGAAAAUUGGGUUGGCGUUGGAUCUGUUGCCUUGGGUCCCGUAUUGAUUGAAGCAGCGUCAUCGCUACCACAAAGUCCCAAAAAUGUUCAUCUCGUACAACAGAAAUUCUUGAAAACACAUGAUGAUAAAUUCAAAAGGUUAUGGUUUCUUUGGCCAAAUGAAGGUAAAGGUUCGCAAUGCGGCUGUAACGGCGGAUGUGCCUUUUUUGGUUCAAAUAGAAAUGGUGCAAACUUUUUCAAACCGUGCCCAACCGACAUUCAAGAAGGUGUCAAUAUAGCCAUGUUUAAUGUUAUAGAAACAUCGCCCGGAGAAUAUGGCUAUGGACAAAGCUUGUUACAUCCUGGCCAGCUGGUGUUCCACACCCCACCCUAUAAUAGCCUGAAUGUUUGCUUGCAACCUACUAACGUUUCAACACUCAUACCUUCGCCAUUGCCCCAAAAUCUGAACAAAUCACCACAACCAACGGACAGAAGAAGUUUGACGAGGCGAUUUUCUUACACAAGCGUUAAUAAAGCGAGCAAUAACAUAUUGGUGUCGAGCACAAAGAGUGACGUUCCGUACGCUCGCUUGGUAGAUUCCACAGCCCCCUUGGGUAGUUCAAAAAUUGAUAGCGAUUCAAAACUCAACAAAACAAUUUUAAAUGUACCUCAAAUGGAGAGUAGCGUUUCAGAUUCGAAGCUAGCUUUGAGCUGUGGGAUAGUAAAGGACAGUCCGAAUAUUACUGGCAGGAGACAUAUUCAAGUUGAUAAUGAACCAUUUGCAGUACCUAAAGUUCCUCCAAGAAGUGUGGCUGUGUCAGAAUCUCACUAUUCUUUGAAUUCCCAACAUCCACACGAAGAAGUGACGCCACAUCAAGUUCAAAGAACUAUGUCUAUAACGAGCGAGAAUCAGUCAGAAGCAUUUUUCUCUGCCGACGAGGACAUGUUUCCCAGUCGUUCGUCUAGCUUGAAGCAUUCCUUCGGCAGUCGCCAUAGUAAUCCGAGAGAUAAACACGCAUAUGCCAUUAAUGAUAUUGGCAAUGAAAAGUGGACUGCAUCUAUUCCGAGGUCUGAAGUUAGGGAUGGACCUGAUAAUAUAAGCAAUAUAAGUGGAGUGCAACCAGAUUCUGAAAGCGGUUCGGUAUCUUCAACUUCAUUCAUAUCGGCGAUUUCCUCUCAAGAAGACAUGACUUUAGUCAAUUUGCAUAUGCAGACGAAUAAACCUAUAGUAGACUCUCCACUACUUAUGUCAAGUUACAUGCAUAAUCUACCACAGUAUAAAUGCGGUAAUUGGUCUACAUGUUCCUUACCCACUGGUAACGAUUUAUUCACGCUUCCACUUUUUAGAAGAGCAGAGGAUGGUACGCUAGUUUACGUGGGCCAGAAGUAUCUACCGAACUUUGAAGCAUUUGGCAAAGUUAACGUUUUAAAACUAAUAUCAAAGAGUACACAAAACAAUCAAAGUUUACACGGCACAUACGCGAACUUACCACCUAAUUUUAAUUCCCAAAUCAAAACUCAUCCAUACCCAUUAGCUUGGUGGGAUUUACAACAAAAUCUACAAGAUAAUCAAGAAACCAAUACUGAGAAAAGCACAACAUCAACAUUAACUACUACAAGUGAUACCAAAAAUGGCUUAUUCAUAAGGCUUCGUGGUGAAAUUGAUAUUAUGCUUACUCCUCUCGUAUUAGAAAGCACUCAAAAAUUCGUUGAAUCUAUUACACCCGUACUAGCCAAUGUACAUCCGAUCACUGUUAUCAAUCAUUUGAGACUCUUAUGCAUUUCGUCUGUGGAAUCGUCAAACGUUUUGAAGCAAAAACAACAUGUAUUAAAUUGGUUGCCGCAAAUGCAAGCUCGAAACGAAUCCAGUAUCAUUAUAGAUAAAGACGAUAAAUGCAAACUGGCCAUCAUUCCUCAAUCAAAUAUUUAUGAAGAAACAAUUUACACCCAAAUCCAAGCUACAAUGACUGUACCUAAAGUAAAUAUUAUUUUCAUUCAGUCAUCUGUCGUAGAGGACAUGAUAUCAUUUUCUGCUUUGGACAACAUACAAGAUCUCACAUGCGUCUCCCUGUUUGGUGUAUCAAUGGAAAAUAUUGUGGCCAAGUAUGUUAGCUCAAGGAAAACGUUAGAAUCAAUACAGUUGUACUACAGACCUACAUUACGAACUCUUGGAAGUAAGAAAUCUUUUGGUAUAAUGAAGGGACCGAGAGCAUUAAUAUCUCAGGCUUCAGGGCGAAAACGAGGGCCAGAAAAAGGAGAACCAGUCUUUAUUGAAAGUUCACAACAACAAUGUGAAGACACCAAUGUUACAUUGACAGUCGGUAAAGUACAUGGCCAGCUGCGACGAAUUCGUAACGAAUCAUCUCAAUUAAAAGACGCGACAAUAACGGGUAUUCCAUGUCAACAUUCUAAAGUCGCAUUUAAAUUCGUAAGAAUCGAUUCUAAUGCUAGAGGAUGUGAAUCUGUGAGUGGUGCUACAGAGGGUCAAAAAGAAAAUUCAAUUGGCUAUAUAAUGUUUGAAUGUGGCCUCGAAGGCGUCUCUGUGAAGGUGUCUAACCACUCUACGUCACACAAACCAAAUGAGGAGAAGAAACCCGUAGUCGCUGACAACGAGAGCUGCCGGGAAUCGGUUAAAUCAGCAGAAGAGGUGAAGCCAGAGAAAGAAAAGAAAGGCAUACGAACUUCCGGCUUCGAGGAUCUGUUCAAGAAACGGGAGUCGAGUUCUAAGCCGAGUACACCGAAUUUGAGCAGUUCCCAACCUCCGCCAGUUCCUCCCCCACCAGAGCCAAUGACUCCAGGGCCUGACGAACCUUCGAACGAUAGCUGCACUACCCUAGUACCGGCUAAAGACAACGGGAACACGACUUCGUGCUCGAUAGAUCUGAAAGUGGUUUGGUUUAACUUCGCAGCACCGCCGCGCACGCCGAUUACUAAAAAGAUUGAUUACACUCGACUCGAUUGGAACCUGCUCAGCACAGCAUCUCCAGCCAUCAACGCGUGGAUGAACCCGUGCAACCGGCUGGGCAUCCGCGUGGUGGGCAUGUACCGCGCGCGGGCCCGGCGCCUGGCCGCCACGGCCGCCAGCCUCAUGGCCUCCGCGCUCGACCGCGCGCCGCAACACACGCUGCCCAAGAGUCGCUACGGGCGUCACACACCCAUGGCCAAACAGCUACGCGAAGAGCCAUCACUACAGUUAUGUGCUGUACUAUUGAGAUACGCGUUACAAGCCGAUGCGGCUGCUGUGCAAGCGGAUCUGGCUGAAAGACAUCUACCCUCAUUGUCUACGUUGCGACAGGGUGUGAUCGUGUUAACGCGGCAAUGGAAGAACAUCCUGUACACGCCGCUGCUACUCGAACACAGUUAUAAGAGCAAAGUGAUGAAACCUGUCGCUGUCACGUUCGCCUUGCCGGAUUUAAUUGAGGAUUCAGUAGAAGGAUGGCAAGAAUAUCAAUUCGAUAACGAAGGACUCGACGAAAACUGUCUUUUAUUAAAUAUGGAACCGGAUAAAUUAGCUACUACAUUGCCUGCGGCGGUGCGGUCGGCUUGUCGCCCGCACUCCUACCCCUCCACGCCGCCCUCCGUCCGCGCAGCGCAAAGCAGUCGUGCGAGCCUCGUAUUCCCGUCGUUGCCAUUCUCCACGAGGAAGACGCCGUUCCAAGACGACUCGAUUGCUAAUUAUGGAACGUUGAAGGAAGAUCUGCCAACCGUAGGUUCGAACCCAUCCCUGUACUCUCAAGGCAGUCAGGAUAACAUAACAUCUGACCGCGCAAGAGAGGACCUCUACCAGUGGAUGGCGAAGCAAGAACCUAUUAAAGUUGAGCCGAAGAGUAAGAAGCCAAUGAUCCCAGCGUCCAAAAUGAACCCACGCGUAGUGGCCCAAUCCCUGCCGGCGUGCAGUCUGUAUCCCUUGCAAGGGUCCCUCAUGUUGCUGGACGCACACCUCGUGUUCCAACCGUUCCUGGCUGCUUUGGGGGUGUCACCGCACCAGGUUGCGCAUGGAAAGGGCGAGUCCAAGGACAGCAGCGGCAGCGGGGGUAACGCGGGGCUCGAGGCGCUGGGCUGCUCCGUGUCGCUGGCGGGCUGGCUCGACGCGCUGCGCGUGCACAUCGUAGUCAGCGAGCUGGGCAGGCACGGCAAGGGGAAGGGGAAAGCGUCACAAAGCCAACCGGACAUGGCGGCCGAGAGCCCCGCGUUCCUCUGCGAGAAGAUAUCCAUCGACGUGCUCGUGAAGAAAGUGGCCGACAUGGCCGUGGACGAGCUGGUGCAGAAGCAGAACGUCGUCUACAUCUCCAGGGGACAGCUGAAGAAACAUAUCAGCACUAUGAUCAACUGUAACCUGAGCAUACGGUUUAUUUCGCAACAGGUGAACAUGCCGCUGCUGCGUCUGCUGCACCAGAUCAGCAACAUGUACCAGAACGUGAAGGACACGCACAGCGAGCUGCGCGCGCGCACCGCCCGCCCGCGCCCGCGCGCGCGCUCGCACUCGCACUCGCACCGCGUCUCGGUGGAAUAUCGCGAGAACCUAGUGAGCGUGACGUCAUUAGACAAGGACAGCCAGUACACGGGUCUAGACUCCAAAUGGGACCUGCCCGCAACAAUCGGGCCGGAAACUAGCUCGGAGAAAGAUAUGAGCCCUCCGCCUAGGCCAAGACCACAAUCGUUCGCGCAGAAGUUGCGCUCCACUGGCAAGAGCGUUAAGGGAAAACUAGGUUACAGUUCGCUCAACGAGGGCGCGCACACGCCGCUGUACCCGCGCCGCCCUCCCCCGCCCCGCCCCCCCGCGCCCGCCGGCCCCGCCCACCAGCUGGCGCCGCGCUGCUGGCGCACGCUGUACCUGCUGCUCGACCUGUACGCGAACAUGCCGGACGCGGACACCAUCACGCACAGAUUCUCUGUAUCAACGGAAUUACCAGAGGCGUAUCGAACGAAAAGCGCUCGACCGAGUUCCCGUGAACAAAAUAACAGCAAUUCGUCAUCCACAGCCACAGGGACUGGUAUCGUCGUCGUCGGUGCUGCUAAGAUCCACCGCACGCGUCUGCUGGCCUCGCUGUCGGGGCUGAAGCUGGAGGCGGAGAUCACGUCGCUGCAGGGCUCGCUGUCGGCGUCCCGCGCGCGGCAGUGGGCGCUCAGCGGCAACCUCGGCCGCACCGCCAUCGUGCUGCUCGAGGGCAACGCGCCCAACCACCAGACGGUUGUGCGCGUCAGCGUGGGCAAGUCGCAGGCGCUGUACUCCUGGGAGGGCGGGCGGCUGGGCGCCACCGCCCUCGCGUCGGUGGGCGGCGUGCGGGUCGACCUGCCGCAGCACCCCGUGGCGCUGCACGGCGUCAUGACGCGCUCGAGCCGCCAGCUGUCCAGCACGCUGCAGGAGCUGGGUGUCACCCGCACGGCCUCCCGUCUCUCCCGCGGCGGGCCGGGGGCGGAGGGCUCGGAGGAGGAGGGCAGCCCGCCGGCCGCCCCGCCCCCUCCGCGCCGCGCCCCGCCCGCACCCGACGCACUAUUACACCCGCUGCACCUGCAGUUCUCGCUCGUACUGCAGAGCCUCAGCAUAACGGCAGCCCUCCUACCGUCGCUACAAGCGCAAUACAAGAUGGAGCGCGUGCACAGCUCCGGCGUGACGGCCGGCAAGGCGCACUUCACGGUCGAACUGCCGCACCACUCGCUCAGCUUCGUCACCAAGCUGCAGGUGACAGAAGCGAACAUCCCAGCGGCCGCGUCCGUCGCGUUACCCGCAGUAUCGUGCCGAGCACGCGUACUCGACUGCGCGCCCGCAGACACGCGCCCGCAGAAACCACGCGCUGAUGCGGACGCGAACAGCGCCACUGACGCGACUGACGCUACUGACGCUACUGAUGCGCAACCGAGCGCGGAGGGCGCGGUGCUGAUGGCGGGCCGCUACCUGGCGGCGACCGCCGACAUCGGCCUGUUCGAGCACACGCUCUCCACCGACCUGCUCAACCACCUCGUCUUCGUGCAGAAGGUCUUCAUGAAGGAAGUGAACGAAGUAGUGCAGAAAGUGUAUGGUGGUGAAAAGCCCGUGCCGUUGUGGAAUGAAGAAGAGGCGUCAUCCUCUGCACUGAGCAGAAUAUUGUUCUCCUUACUUAUACGAAUCAAGCGCAUCCAACUGACAGCGACGACGCCCAGCAACAGCGCGGUGCGGCUGGAGACAGGAGCAGUGGAGCUGGAGCUGUCCAACCGCGUGCAGAACGUCACGCAGCCCGCGCAGGCGCACGGCUUGCGGCUCUUCGCUAGGGCACAGGUGGACAUUAAUCUGAGCUUGGGUCAACUUAUACGAAACGCGAUGUUCGAGGAAGCUGAGCCGGAGUUCCAACAGUAUGCCUUCUUUAACACGAGGAUUUCGAUGCGCAACGCAUUCCAAGAGGAAAUAGUAUGCGGUGAAGACAAGGAAGUAGUGCUGAUCACCCUAAAGCGGCCUCUCGUGUACAUACAACCUGUGGCCGUGGACCGGGCUAUAUUAGUGUGGCUCAAUUAUAAGAACGCGUAUGAGUACUGGAAUGAAAAACGUAUGACGUUGAAUAAGGAGGUGCUAGCGGCCACGCAGCAGGUGUUUGAGAAGGUGCAACUGACGUCACAAAUCGGCACGCCGCAUCUGAGCACGUUGUUUUUACAACUGAAUGUAGACGACAUAGGCAUUUGCUUGCCGCUCAACCAACCGCCUGUUUCGAAGUGGUGCGGCUGGGGCUGGGGCUGGGGCGGGGGCGAAGGCCCGCUGGGGGACGGGGAGCGCGGCGCCGUGGUGGUGACGCUGGAGAGCACCAGCAUCUCCGCCGUCAGCUCGGGCGCGCUGGUCAGCAAGGGCCGCUUCGUGGGGCUCUGCCUCCGGUUCGCGAGGGACUUCGAGGCCUCGCUCGAUGACUGGAAGCCCGAGCCCAGCGAGGCCUGUGUCAACGUGUGCUGUGUGUCCGAGGGCACGUAUGAGGUGUGCAGUCGCACGGCCGCCGCCAGGCAUAAUGAAAACGCAAAAUGGUUCCUAAACGUCUCAUGGCAAAUGGAAGGCGUGGACAUACAUUUGGACACCAAUGUUGGCAAACAGCUCUCCGCUUUGGGACAUACUCUAACAAUGUUAACUGGUUUUGAAGAAGAGGAUCCUUUGAAAAUGGAUUAUGAAAGUGAUUUGGACGAUGAAGCUGAUAACAGCAAAGAUUCACAAGAGAGCAUAGUCCUCCGGCGCAAAUACACGGAUCACUUACCAGCGUUCGUGUUCGAUACAUCCCUGGACGCUAAGAAACGCUCCAAGUUAAUAGAGAAGGAGAUGACGGAGCAGGCGAAGAUCAUCAGCGACCUGCGAGCGCUCGGCGCCAGCCACAGCACUGUGGAGUAUGAGCUGAGGAGGCUGCAGGAUCUGGAGGCACUGGUGUUUAAGGACUUCCGCAGGGACAUGCUGCAGAAGCUGCGUCGGCAGAGCGUGCGUGCGAGCUCCAUCACGAAGGGCAAGCUCGGGCUCGGCUCCAGCCGCCCGCCGCCAUUGCCGCACGACACCGAUAGUAUUGGCGAGCCAGCGUCCGUCGGCCUGCUGCCUUCAAGCACAGUGGGCCUGGGCAUGGGGCUGGGCAGCCUGCCCAGCGCGGGCAGCCUCACCAGUGUGGGCGACUCGGGCGAGACGCUGUUACUGGCGGAGGACGACACACGCUUGGCCGAUAUCAUAGAGGGCGCUUCGUGGAGCUCUAUGGACAGUGAGACGCUUACUGGCCCAGGUCCAUCCCGCUGCGGGUCACUACGCGGUGCGAGCGGGACAGUGGGCGCGUCGCGUUCUGUCUCUUUCCAACCGCGACAAACUUGGCCCGACUCGCUCGACCUGCCCAGGAAGAAUACGGACACUAGUACAACUUCAGAAGGCGCAAGUCAGUCAGAAGGCAAGCAAAGCAAGGCGAAAACAGCAGAACCGAACAUCGACUUUGAGUUGGACGUCAAAGUGCACAUUAACAGUGGAAAGUGCGUGUUACACACUAAGGAACCUAAUAAGGACGAUGACUUAAAAAUUGGCAGAUCACGUGUAGGGCGUUCAGCAUCCGGUGGUCUAUCUGGUGCAGGCGCAAGCGCAGGAUCAGGGCUUGAAAUGGGAGGCACCAGCGUGCCCUCCGCGACACCAUCUGGUCCCGCGGGCCCCGGGCCCCUGGUUCCUGGUGUGCCCUUGGGGGCCAGUGGGAAUCUGGGCCCUGGAGGUUUGGGAGGGUCGCCUAAUGCGCGUCGCAAGCCUCGCCUGCCACCGCCACCUGAUGUUACCGUGUUUAGAGUGCCGGGAUUACAGUUAAAGGUACACUACGAAUCUAAAACACUACCAGAAGAAUCCGCGUCCCCGCAGUCAAUACCCAACAUCCCCCCUCCAAAUGUGGUGGGAGCCCGUAAGAUGGGCACCAAAAAAGCGGCUCUAUUUGCCUGGAUAACACUGCAGAGUAUACCAGAGGAGACAAUCAUCAGCCCGCAUAUACUGGAGUUCUUGGAACAGACUCUGGAACCGAUUCCAUCAAAGGCGUCCUUCUCUAUGCCUACUCCAGAAGCGGAGACAGCGCGUCGCGGGUCGGGCGCGGGCGGGUCGGGCGCGGAGGAGGCGGGCGGCUCGUACGGGCAGUACGUGUACGCGUCCUUCCCCGUCGACGUCAUCGUGCACUUCCACACGCGGCCCUCCGCCUUCCGCUUCAGCUGCCUGCCCGCCUCGCGCGUCGAGUGCCUGCUGCAGCUGCCCAGCCUGCAGAUCGUGUGCAGCUCCAAGCGCGCGAGCGACGAAGAAAUGGCGGAAUCGGCGAUCGCAAUGGGCGGUCUAAGCGUCACGGGAUGCCUAGCAGAUUUCUCAGUAUACAUCUUCCAUCCCUACGGCGGCAAGAAGUCGAGCCUUAAAGAAGCUCAGUGGUCGCCGCUCGCAGACACAGAGCGGAAGGACUCGCUCAGCAUCAACGUGGAGUUCGUCAAGUUCCACCUGUCCAGGUUCAGAAAAUUGGACUUUCAGACCGACCAGGAUCAGUCCAAGGCGACCGUUCGGUUCUCAACGAUAGUAGACGUGGGCUCAGCGUCGUUCAAGUACGACAUGCGGCGGCUGGGCGAGAUCCUCGCGUUCCCGCGCGCCUGGUACCGACGGUCCAUCGUGAGGAGGCUGUUCUUGGGAGAUGUCAGUCUGGAUGUGGAUCAGCCGACGUCAAGCAACAACACACCAGUGUCGCCAGUUCUACCGCAACGCGAGAAGGCGAAACUUGAUCCACAAAAGUCUAAAGAGAGUAAACAGUGGGGCGCUGCGUGGGAGACCCUCGUGCUGUUUGCGGUGAACUUCACGCGCCUCAAUAUUCAUAUGAACAUGGGCAACGUCAUGGGGAAUGUCAGUUGGCAGAGCCGCUCGCUCGGCGCGUCCGGUCGGCUCAGCAUCGGCAGCACGCGGCGGCGGCACAUGGUGGUGCGCGUGGCGCUGGGCGGCUCCGCGCUGGAUGCACGGGCUGGCAUCGUGGGCGGUGCUAUCAGCCUCGCGCAGCUGCAUGCACAUGUGCACGUGGAAGAAGAGCCUGGCAGUAGUCCAGCACACGUGUGCGGAGUACGCCUAUCAGCGCUAGAGCUGCGGCUCGAGUACAUGGGCACGCCGGUGCUGCUCGCGAGGUUGUCGCGCCCGCGGGCUGCGCUGAGGGACCAGUGGCAGGCGCGACGACACCGACCGGCUGCUAGCCGUCCAGCGACAAUCCUGACGCACUGCACGCUCAGCUGGCACCAGCUGCAGAUCCUGAUGAGCCGCAGCACCACACCGGACCUGCUGAAGAUGCAGCUCAAGCUCGAGGAGUUCUUCACGCAGCAGUUCAAGUCGAGCAAGCGGGUGUUUAGCUCGCUACAUCCGAGCUAUGGGACCAUGAGACGGGAUAGGAAGGAACCAACAGCAACAGCGGGCGGGAGCCAGCCGCCGCAGCAAGUGUUGCGGCACCACCGCCACUGGCAGAAUGUGCUGCACUUUGUGGCCGGCGUGCCGCUCGCUAGCGACACCACUUCUAACCAGCAAGGGUGUGUGCUCGGAGGAAGCAUGGAGCUGCUGGGGUCCAACAUCUCGCUGGCGUGUUUCCAUGGCAACAGCUUGAAGGCCAAGUCGUGGGCGCUGUUCAGCCUGAAGGACGUCUGCAUCAGCUUUGCCACCGAAGCGCAGAAUCUCCACAAUGAAAUUGGUGAGGUGGAAGUGCACGCGGUGCAAACGCUGACGGCGAGCCUGGGGGGCGCGGGCGGGGCCCCCGGGGCGGGGCGCGCGGGGCCCGGCGCGGGGCCCCCGGGGGCCGCGGGGCCCUCGGCCGGGGGCCACCAGUCGCUCGCCACCGUGUGCCGCAUGUCGCGCACGGUGCUCUUCCCGCCGCAGUUCAAGACGCUCCGCGAGUGGUUCCAGUACGCGUUCGCUGAUAGCGAGAUUGACGCGAUUGAAUUAUUCCCGUCGCUCGAGCGAGAGGGGGGCAUAGCUAGCGCGGCACCUGCCCCGGGCGGGACGGGCAGUUCCGGGGGCACGUCCAGUACCAGCAGCAAGCCGGGGCACGUGCGUGAGGUGAUCUUCGCACUGCCCGCGCUGCAACUGCACUUGCGCACGAGUCAUCGACAGCCGCAGGAGGUGCCCACGGAAAACGAUCCAAAGCCAGUAGUGGAGUGCAGCUUCAUCACGGAGUUCGAGGACCACAUCUUCGUGUCGGUGGACGCGGAGGCGUUCCUGUUCCUGCACGAUCUCAUCUCUUCGUAUAUUAAGGAGAAGGAAAGAGUGAUGCCAGUAGGUCGGUCGGGAGUGAGUGAGGUGUGCGAAGCUGUUGGCGCGGCGCUCGACUACCGCGACUACCACUGCCUCACCUGGCAUCUGGAGCCCACUGUGCGAUUGUUAUCGUGGGCGGGCAAAUCCAUCGAGCCGUACGGUGUGGACUACAUCCUGCAGAAGCUUGGCUUUAGCCACGCUCGCACCACCAUACCGAAGUGGCUCCAACGCGGAGCCCUAGAUCCCCUGGACAAACUGCUGGCGCUCCUACUGCUUAGACUGUUAAGACUGCUGCAUCAGAAAUGAGACCAAAAUUGACCAAGUCUAUUAUAUCCUGCUGAAUUUAUUGAGAGCAGAAAAGACCAAUAAGUGAUUGACCACAUUCUUCUGAGUGAGCAGACCAAGUCCUUUAUAUCCUGCUAAGUCAUGACAAUACCGACACCAAUAUAAAGUGACCAACCAUAUCAUGACAACACGUUAGAAGCAGCAGGGAAAAGAACAAUCUGAAGAGACCACACCAUAUCCUGCCGGUUCUGACAGACCUGAAGGUCCUACAGAACUGCGGGCUGCUGCAUCAUAAAUGAGCCCAAAGACCAAAACUGACGUGACCAUGUCCUGCAAAGUUACGGAAUUGCAGGUCUAUCCUUAAUUACAACUAAGAAAAAAGGACUCAAGUAUACCUUAUCCUGGCAAGUCAUGAUACACCAGAAGAUUUUGCUGAAUUACGGAUCUACCGUUAAUACUUAGAAGUGACUCCCAACAUGCGAAUAUAAUUUUUACACCAUAAUGAAGCUAGUGAAACAGGUGCAAAGAAUAAAUCACUAGAACUCUCCUACAAUUAACGAUAACAAGCGAGUACUCACCGAAAAAUGAUAUUUCUUAGACAUAAUUUAUUGCUUAAGCUAUGGAAUGGCUACAACAAGUCGUCUUAUGAUGAAAAUUAAACCAUAAUAAAAUAACAGAGAUCAAAAUACAAUCUUCUGACUAGAAAUGUCAAAUUAUUACGACGUGACAUUUCAUCUACUUCGUCAAUUUGUAGUUAAAUAUGGCGAGGCCAU